AUGUCAAAUUCUGCUAGUUCAUCAACAACACUUAAUUCUUCAACUUCACAACAUAACAUAAACGAAUUAAAGCAAUCUAUUGUAAAAAAGGUUUUUAUUGAUGUUCAAGCAAAAAAACCAAAUUCAUGGCAUGGUAAAUGUUCAGUAUGUUCACAAAAUGUUGUCGAUAAAUAUAGCACCACAUCUAAUUUUGCACGACAUAUGAAGACCAAACAUGAAACUAUAUAUGAAGAAUGGUUAGCUAAAAAAAAUGUUAACACUGAUGCAAAACAACGAAAUCUUGAUGACAUGAUUAAACAGAAAACAAGUAAAUAUUCAUCAGCUGAUCCAAGACAAGUUAAAUUAACUGAAUCUAUAGUAAAAGAUUUAAUAAUUGAAUGUGGUGUACCGUUAUCAUUGGUAGAUCAAAAUGGUUUCUUGGUCUUUUAG